CCACAACAUGGCCUCUUCACCGGUGACACUUGGGUCGGCGUCCGAGAACCACGCGAAUUUGUCGAUGGCUUCAUCUAAGCCGCGCAGCUGUCUGGUCUGUCGCCAGCGCAAAGUCCGCUGCGACAAGCAGUCACCCUGCUCCAACUGCCGUCGGGGUAAGAUCGCAUGCAUCUCGCCCUCAACCGCCGAUCGCCCCCCGAGAUGGGCUCGUCGUCUCGGACAACUUCCAUCCUUCAGCAAAGGUGAAGCAACCACGGUGCAAGAAAGCAGCAUGGAAGUCGGCCAAAUGAUGGAUAGAUUGCAAAGUCUGGAGAAUCUGGUUCACGAGCUAAAAGGCCAACUGAAACAGGUGCAUUCACUCGAAAGCGCGGAUGCGAAUAGCUUAGCUGGAGGCCAUUCGCCUGAAAGCUCGACUCGCGAGGACCAAGCGAGUCAACGCUCAUCAUCCAAAGCGGGCACCAACAAUAUCCAGACUCGGUUCGGCCGGCUGGUUCUGCAGGAUGACAGCCACUGCCGCUAUGUGAGCAGCGGCUUCUGGUCUCGUGUCGAUGACGAGAUGACUACUAGCAACUUGCUGCACGACGAUUCUGACAGCGCAGAAGACGAAGCAUGCACAAGCCAGCUAUCCUCGGUUUCGGAACAAGAACGGACGGCUGCAGAACGCCAUGCAUUUCUUUUCGGCCUGAAUCUGAAGUCUGGCACUCCCGACCUUCGUGAGCUGCAUCCGCUUCCAUCCCAGAUCCCCUUUAUGUUGGAAACAUUUGCGGAGAAUGUCAAUCAGUUCUUAGGGAUCGUUCAUAUGCCCACUGUCACCACGGUGGUCCGCGAAUGGCGUAGCAGUGGCAGGAAUGCCCUUACGCCCUCCAAUAAUGCCCUGCUGUUCGCAAUAUACUAUGCAACAAUAGCCUCGAUGGAAGACGAGGAUGUUAUGACCAACUUUGGCUCUUCCAAGAGUGAACUGAACCUGAAGUACCGGCUGGGGCUGGAACAUGCUCUUGCAAAGGCUGACUUUCUCAACGCUCCUGACAUCGUUCUUGUCCAAGCCUUCACCAUCUUCCUGUAUCUAUCCCGCCGAUAUGACAGUCCUAGGUUUAUAUGGAUGAUGACCGGGUUUGUGAUUCGAAUGGCGCAAUACCUGGGCCUGCAACGUGAUGGUGCGCAAUUCGAAAGUUUCACCCCAUACGAGGUGGAGUUACGACGCAGGGCGUGGUGGGGUGUAUGCUUGUUGGAUAUCCGAGCAUCGGAGGACCAGGGAACGGAUCUGACCAUCGCGCAAGGGGCUUUCGACACGAAACUGCCGCUGAACAUCAACGACAGCGAUAUCAGUCCUGACACCGAGCAGACGCCACCCGAGCGGCACGGGGUGACGGACAUGUCCAUCCCCCGACUCUCGGCACAUAUGACCACGAUCAUGCGAGAAAUGAUGGUCCGUGGCGUCGACCACGGCAUCGCAGGCAUGCAAGAGCAAAGCCGCUCGGUAGACGAGAUCUACCGCAAACUCGACGAAGAGUACCUACAGCACACAGCCGGGCUGAACAGCAUCGUCUCUUGGGUCGCCAUCAACCUCAUUCGCCUGGUGAUGGCCAAGAUGACGUUGAUCGUCUUUCUACCGGUGCUAUUCUCAACGCCGAGCCAGGAUCUAUCUGAAGAGCUCCGGACAAAGCUACUGUGCGCGGCCAUCGAAGUCGCGGAGUACAACCACGCCCUCAACGCGGAGCAGUCCAGUCGGCACUUGCGGUGGCUGUACCAGACAUGCACGCACUGGCAUGCCAUUGUCUAUCUUCUGAUUGAGAUCUCACGCCGUCCGUGGUCGCCAUUCGUUGAGCGGGCGUGGGUCGCCUUGCACAGUAGCUGGCUGAUUCCAGCUCCUUCGCCCAUUGCCAAGAACCUGCGCAUCUGGAUUCCUCUCCGAAAGCUGAUGGACAAGGCGCGACGGCACCGCGAGGCUGAGCUCAGCUGCCUAUGGAAUGACCCUGAAGCUGUUGCGAAGCUUGCGGUGGAGGCCCAGAGUGCUCCUACGCCGUCGAGUCCGGGACUAUUGGGCCCAGGCUCUGUUGUCGAGGAUUACUAUCAAAGGUGGCAUCAGCUGGUCAGCAUACCAGAGGGGAGUGGAAGUCAGCCCACGCAGGCGAGGACAGACAGUACUAUGUCCCACAAUCACGAAAUGACUGAUGCUGCUGCUGGUAGUCCAGCAUUGAUGAUGCAUCCCCAUGCAGCAGCGCUAGUGGAGACCCAAUAUGGCAAUGUAUCAGAGACACCUGGGCCCUUACCUGACUUCACAAUGGACUAUGUCAACUCAGCUUGGUCAACGUCAGAUCCUCUAUUCCAGGAUCUGGGCAGGAAUUUUGCAGAUCCUCGCUUGGAUCUCGAGAGUGAUAUGGACUGGCAUAACUGGAUUGAGACUGCCAAGUGUAUACAGUGAGAUGAAAGAUUGAACG